AUGGUUCGUGUCAAUCACUUCGGAGCCGUACCUUGCAAGGACACCCAACUCAAGGUGAAGAAGCUCUUCUUCGAGCAACUGCGCAUCGAAGGUAAGCCACUUCCCAAGGACGACGAAACCCCAAGCCCCACAACUGACACAUCCUCGAGCAACUCCAGCCCUCCACGACCGGCUCUGCUGCAGCGUCGAACUUCAUCGUCAAUCUCACGACUGGAUGAGGCUGACAGGCUUCUCGAGCUGCACAUGCCAGCAACGGUGAUCUGCUUCUCCGGAUCUGUUCGAUCUGGAUGUCUUUCCGUGGAGCUCCCACUGGGCAUCUUGCACAUCGACAUCGAUGUCAAAGACAAGAGAGUUCGUAGCUACAAGCUUGACUCUGACCACAUCGCUGUCACCUCUCGGUCCGCGGAGCAUGAAUCGACGCAGGAUAGUUAUCAUGAGUUGGCUCUCGCGAUUCUCAGACUAAUCGAGCAGCAGGCCUCCGCACAUGCUCAGACGAAGACACUACUCGAAAGCCUCCUCCACCCAAGACAGUUCUGGCAUGCUCACUCGCUUCAACACGCCCUGAAGAAAGACCCACGAUCGAUCUGUAAGCAAGCUAAAGCGCAGCAGUACGGCUGGCACUUCAUCAAGGCGGAGCGUAUAGUCAAUCCGGCUUUGGAGCAGCGUUUCUCUCCCAGAAUUGAGACGUUGCGAACAAAAUUGGAGGGCCUUUCGAUGCAAGAGCUCUCGCAAUGCCUGCCCGCCUCGAGCAAGUCCAAAUCGAAGCAUUCCAUGGUCGAAGAGCUUCUGCAAGUCCAGCAUACUUUCCAUGGUACAAGCUCUGCCAUCAUUGACAGUAUAUCCAAGCACGGUCUGCUCGCCGCUGGUGACAUCAUCCCUGUCACCGGCCAGCCCAUCGGCAAGAAGUAG